UUCAGUGGAGUUGGGAAGAGGAUGCAGAUUCAGGCUUAUCUGGGUGCAGCAGGUAAGAUAGCUUAGUUACUUAUAGAUGGUUUGAAUCAUGAGGGAUUAAGAAAAUGGUGAUGAUUUUGUUGCCUGCUGUGCUGUUGGUGGGUCCAUAUAUAUCCCUUUUGCAUUUCUUUAUUGAUUCAUUAUACAGAAGGCGUGCCUGGGUUGCCCACUUCUACAGAAAGAUUCUUUAACAAAGGAGAUAAAAGUUCUGUAUUCUUUUUUAUUUUUCUUCUCCAUUCGUGUCCACCAUACGCGUCAACAUUUUCUUUAUUUCGAGUUCAAUGUUUUAUAUUUAGCCUUUUUCAUUCAAAUUUGAAUCUUUCCGAUCAUGCAGCUCAAUUCUGCUCGAGACCCAGAAAAGCGCCAUUACUACUACCGCCAACUUCCGGAUUCAGAAAGAAGAAAUGAAGAAUCGCUGCCCAUGGAGGCUAAUAGGAAGGCUGGUUUCAAUAGAUAUGCUCUUGCAGCGGCCAUUUUGGCCUCCACAAAUUCUAUUCUGUUGGGUUAUGAUAUUGGUGUGAUGAGUGGCGCAGUGCUUUACAUCAGGGAUAACCUCAAGAUCACAUCAAUUCAAGUUGAGAUCUUGGUGGGUUCCCUGAAUGUAUGUUCAUUGAUAGGUUCACUUGCCGCCGGUAAGACUUCUGAUUGUAUAGGGCGGCGUUACACCAUUGUUCUGGCAGCCACCACAUUUCUGAUAGGCGCUCUGCUAAUGGGAUUUGCAUCUUCUUUCUCAUUACUUAUGGCUGGAAGAUUAGUGGCGGGCUUUGGAGUCGGCUACUCUCUGAUGAUAGCUCCAGUUUACACGGCGGAGAUCUCUCCUUCCACCUCUCGAGGUUUCCUCUCUUCCCUCCCGGAAGUCUUCAUUAACAUCGGAAUCCUACUGGGUUACAUCUCCAACUAUGCUUUCUCAAAUCUUCCGGAAAAUAUAAACUGGAGAUUCAUGCUGGGACUUGCAGCAUUGCCUGCAAUUGCUGUUGCAUUGGGUGUCAUGGUGAUGCCAGAGUCCCCCAGGUGGCUUAUCAUGAAAGGCCGGUUUGCCGAAGCAAAACAGGCCUUGAUAAAAACUUCGAACUCUGAAGAGGAAGCUGAAUUCAGACUAACUGAAAUGACAAAAUCUGCUGAACCUUCAUCUUGUUCAAACAAUUGGCGAGGCCAAGGUGUUUGGAAAGAGUUAUUGUUAAGGCCUUCUCGACCCCUUCGCAGAAUUCUCAUUGCCGCCAUUGGUGUUAACUUCUUCAUGCAAGCUUCAGGAAACGACGCCGUUGUUUAUUACAGCCCUGAAGUUUUCAGGGAAGCUGGAAUCAGCGGCAAAAAACAGCUUGUUGGUGUAACAGUUAUAAUGGGAAUUGCAAAAACAUCCUGUGUUCUUCUUUCGGCUCUUUGCUUGGAUAGAUUGGGUAGGCGGCCUUUGUUAUUGUUGGGCUCUAGUGGGAUGGCUCUUUCAUUAGCUUUACUGGGCGUUGGCUCCAAGUGUCUUGAGCAGUCAAAUGGUAAUCCUGAGUGGGCUGUUGCAUUGUGUGUGGUGGCUGUUUGUGCUGAUGUUUCUUUCUUCUCAAUUGGGCUUGGGCCCGUUACAUGGGUCUACUCAUCGGAGAUCUUUCCGACAAGGUUUCGGGCCCAAGGUUCGAGUCUAGCAAUCUCGGUUAACCGGUUGGUGAGUGGGACAGUGGCCAUGACAUUUCUAAGCAUUUCAAGGGGGAUAACAUUUGGAGGAAUGUUUUUUGGCCUUGCAGGGAUAAUGGCAGUGGGUACAAUUUUCUUUUAUUUCUUUCUACCUGAAACCAAAGGUAAGAGCUUGGAAGAGAUUAGGGUUCUCUUUGAAGACAACACCAACUGAAAUCGAAGUGGGUCUUAGAAAAGGCAUUUUCAUUCGAUUUGGAAGUUCAAAGUGGAAAAAUUCCGGCUAUGGCCCAGAUGGGUUGUUAGAACUUAUUUUCUUUUUUCGGAUACAUGAAAAUUUUACCCUUUGAAUUUAUUUCCUGAUGUUCCCUCUA